AUGGGUUCAACUCCGUUUUGCUAUUCAAUCAAUCCUUCUCCAUCAAAGUUUGAUUUCACUAGAACCCAUGCGUUGAGUCCCCUUGCCAAACAGUUCUACCUAGAUUUAUCAUCGCUCGCCGGAAAAUCGGGAUUUAGGAGUCGUCGGAGUCUGGUCGGAGUAAAGGCGGCAGCGGCGACGGCGUUGGUGGAAUCAGAGAAGCGGGAAGUAGCAGCGGAGAAGAAGAAAUCGAGGGUCUUGGUCGCCGGAGGUGGAAUCGGAGGAUUGGUGUUUGCUCUAGCGGCGAAGAAGAAAGGGUUCGAUGUGUUGGUGUUCGAGAAGGAUUUGAGCGCCAUAAGAGGAGAAGGACAAUACAGAGGACCGAUUCAAAUACAGAGCAACGCUUUAGCUGCUUUGGAAGCUAUUGAUACCGAUGUUGCAGAAGAAGUUAUGGAAGCUGGUUGUAUCACCGGUGAUCGGAUUAACGGUCUCGUCGACGGUGUCUCUGGUACUUGGUAUGUAAAGUUUGAUACUUUCACGCCGGCGGCGUCAAGGGGACUUCCGGUGACUCGAGUAAUUAGCAGAAUGACUCUGCAGCAGAUCUUAGCACGCGCGGUUGGAGAAGAAAUUAUUAGAAACGAGAGUAACGUUGUUGAUUUUGAAGACACUGGUGAUAAGGUCACAGUGACGCUUGAGAAUGGUGAACGCUAUGAAGGUGAUCUGCUUGUGGGAGCAGAUGGCAUUUGGUCUAAAGUGAGAAAUAAUUUGUUCGGAAGAAGUGAAGCAACGUAUUCAGGCUACACUUGUUAUACCGGCAUUGCAGAUUUCAUACCGGCUGAUAUCGAGUCUGUUGGCUACCGAGUUUUCUUGGGGCACAAACAGUACUUUGUAUCUUCAGAUGUUGGUGGUGGGAAAAUGCAAUGGUACGCGUUUCACGAGGAAGCAGCUGGUGGUGUCGAUCCUCCCAAUGGUAUGAAGAAGAGAUUGUUUGAUAUAUUUGAAGGUUGGUGCGACAAUGUACUCGACUUGUUGCAUGCGACAGAGGAGGAUGCGAUUCUGAGAAGAGAUAUAUAUGAUAGAACUCCUAGUUUUACUUGGGGUAGAGGGCGUGUUACGCUGCUCGGAGAUUCUAUACAUGCGAUGCAGCCUAAUAUGGGUCAAGGUGGAUGCAUGGCCAUUGAGGAUAGUUAUCAGCUAGCAAUGGAGCUUGAAGGAGCUUGGAAACAGAGUGUUGAGACGAAUACACCUGUUGAUGUUGUUUCCUCUUUGAAAAAAUAUGAGGAAUCAAGAAGACUCAGAGUGGCUAUUAUCCAUGGGAUGGCGAGAAUGGCUGCGAUUAUGGCUUCCACUUACAAAGCUUACUUAGGUGUUGGGCUUGGACCUCUCUCUUUCUUGACAAAGUUUAGAGUGCCGCAUCCAGGAAGAGUUGGUGGGAGAUUCUUCAUUGACAUUGCUAUGCCGUUGAUGCUUAACUGGGUCCUUGGAGGUAACAGUGAAAAACUGGAAGGAAGGUCCCCUAGUUGCAGACUCACUGACAAAGCUGAUGACCGGCUUCGUGAGUGGUUUGAAGACAACGACGCACUUGAACGUACUAUACAUGGAGAGUGGUAUCUGAUUCCGCACGGAGACGAUAGUAGCGUCAAGGAAACCAUACGUCUAACCAAAGACGAGGAUCAACCUUGCAUCAUCGGAAGCGAACCUGAUCAAGAUUUACCUGGAAUGCACAUUGUGAUCCCUUCUUCUCAGGUUUCGAAGAUGCAUGCACGUGUAACCUACAAAGAUGGAGCUUUCUACUUGAUGGAUCUUGGAAGCGAGCACGGAACCUAUGUGGUCGAUAACGAGGGAAGAAGAUACAGAGCGUCACCGAAUUACCCGGCCCGGUUUAGAUCGUCCGAUAUCAUCGAGUUUGGUUCAGAUAAGAAGGCGGCGUUUAGGGUGAAGGUGAUCAGAACAACUCCGAAGUCUACGAGUAAGAAUGAGAGUAACGGCAAAUUACUCCAGGCAGCUUGA